UUCGCGUUAUUCCCGUUUUCCUGCGUUUUUCGGCCCCAUUGAAAUGAAUGGCGGAAUGUUCAGGAUCACAGCUCUAAUCGGUCUCUGACAGAUGACGUAACAGUAUAAUCAUCCGCCAUUUUGCAGGUAUACUGAGGUAGUAGCUGAGGAACGUUAACGUGAGCUUGUAGUUUUAGUGUCAUGGAAAAUGGUUCGGUCGUGUUGCGUAAAAGGAUGCAACAAUAAAUCUCACAACGGAAAAGGUGAGAAAAUUAAUCAUGGGGCGAGAUUUUUCAAGUUUCCCACCUGGAAAAACAGCCAAGGACCGCAAGUUGCGGAUAUUACAAAAAGGCGUCGGAUGGCCUGGGUUGCGGCGUUGAGGCGAAAGGACAUCACUUUCGACAAGAUAUCUCCCUUCAUGACUGUUUGUUCCCGGCAUUUUCAUAAAGGUCAGCCUGCAUAUGAGAUGCUGGAGACUGAUCCAGACUGGGCACCAUCUCUCCAUCUGGGCCACAUGGAUACCACAUGCACAGACACAGCACGCUCUGCAAGGAGAGGUAAGCGGGAGCAGCUGAAAAAUGUCACACAGCAGCAAGUUAGGACUCAAGAGGCUGGACAUCAUCACCCCCCUGAGGAGGACACACAAGAAGCUGAGGAAGGUGGCCAGGCACACCAUGAAGAGGGCACUCAGGACAACAUCAAGGAGGUGCCAGAGACUGAAUGUCAUCUGUGUGCUCUCAGGUCUGCCGAAGUAAACCGCUUGUUUGACGAAAACCGAGAGCUACGUCGUGAACUAGAGGAAUACAGAAUGUCUGAGGGUUUCUUUGGAGAUAGUGAUGAUAAAGUGAAGUACUAUACAGGUCUGCCAAACCUGGCAACAUUUAUGGCUCUAUUCAAUUUCUUGGUGCCUCUAAUGGCAGACCAGAGAAAAAUACUCACUCCUUUCCAAAUGGUAUUGUUAACUUUCAUGCGUCUUAGAUUAGAUCUGCCUGCACUACACCUGGCCCAUCUCUUCCGUGUGUCUCCAAAGACUGUAUAUAGGACAUUUAAUGACACUGUGGCAUUCUUGUAUGCAAACCUGAAGCGUUCCAUUGUAUGGCCUGACAGGGACACUCUGCGUAGCGUUAAACUGAUGCCACACCAGUUUGUGGAGGCAUUUGGACACAGAGUUGCAGUGACAAUUGACUGUUUUGAGAUUUUCACAGAAAGACCGACCAACCUGAAGGCACGUGCCCAGAUGUUUUCCAGUUACAAGCACACACACACCAUGAAAUAUUUGAUUGGUAUUACACCCAAGGGAUCAAUUUGUUUUCUAUCAAAAGGUUGGGGUGGCCGUACAAGUGAUAAGCAUAUUACGCAGAACAGCGGGUUUCUUAACAACUUGCUGCCUGGUGAUAUUGUUAUGGCUGACAGAGGCUUUGACAUUCAGGAAAGUGUUGGUAUGUUGUGUGCAGAGGUAAAACUUCCAGCAUUUACAAGAGGUCGCUGUCAACUGGCUGCAAGGGAUGUAGAGGAGACUAGAAAGAUAGCACACUUGAGAAUUCAUGUUGAAAGGGUCAUUGGGAAUAUUUGUCAAAAGUACAGAAUCCUAACAGGAACUAUACCCAUCAACAUGAUCCUUCCAUGUGAAGGUGAGGAUGUCACAUUUCUGGACAAGAUCGUCACUGUGUGUUGUGCACUGACUAACCAAUGUCCAGCCAUAGUUUAGAAUGGACUUUUCUUUCCUAUGAGUGUGUUUAGGAUCCUGUUCAACUUUUGAGUAGCACUACUAGUGCAAGGGGCUAGAUUGUAUAUAUGUAUAUAUUCAUUUUGAUUAACUUUGUUUCUGUACAUAUUUUAAUUGUCUGA